AUGACCUGGAGCGCCUCGUCGCGGGGCGCGCACCAGCCGGACAACACCGCCUUCACGCAGCAGCGCCUCCCCGCCUGGCAGCCGCUGCUGUCGGCCGGCAUCACGCUGCCGCUCUUCUUCUGCGCCGGCCUGGCGUUCAUCGGCCUGGGCCUGGGCCUCUUCUACUCCUCCAACGGCAUCAAGGAGCUGGAGUACGACUACACCGGCAACCCGGGCACCGGCAACUGCUCGGUGUGCGCCGCCAAGGACCAGGGCCGCGCGCCGCCGCCCAGCUGCCAGUGCGCCUGGAGCUUCACGCUGCCCGAGCUCUUCCCGGGCCCCGUGUACCUCUACUACGAGCUGUCCAACUUCUACCAGAACAACCGGCGCUACGACGUGUCCCGCGACGACGCGCAGCUCAGCGGCCUGGCCAGCGCGCUGCGCCACCCGGCCAACGAGUGCGCCCCCUACCAGUUCAGAUCCGACGGCCUGCCCAUCGCGCCGUGCGGCGCCAUCGCCAACAGCCUCUUCAACGACUCCUUCUCGCUAUGGCACCAGCGCCAGCCCGCCGAUCCCUUCGUCGAGGUGCCGCUCGACCGCACCGCCAUCGCCUGGUGGACCGACUACCACGUCAAGUUCCGAAACCCGCCUCUGGUGAACGGCAGCCUGGCGCUGGCCUUCCGCGGCACGGCGCCGCCGCCCAACUGGCAUCGGCCGGUUUAUGAGCUCAGCCCGGAUCCCAACAACACCGGCUUCAUCAACCAGGACUUCGUGGUGUGGAUGCGCACCGCGGCGCUGCCCACGUUCCGCAAGCUGUAUGCACGCAUCCGCCAGGGCAACUAUUCUGCAGGACUGCCCCGGGGCACCUACCGUGUCAACAUCACCUACAACUACCCGGUGCGCGCCUUCGGCGGUCACAAGCUCAUCAUCCUUAGUAACAUCUCUUGGAUGGGUGGCAAGAACCCUUUCCUGGGCAUCGCCUACCUGGUCGUCGGCUCCCUCUGCAUCAUCAUGGGCUUUGUCAUGCUGGUCGUGUACAUUCGCUACCAGGACCAGGACGACGACGACAACGAUGAUGAGUAAUUCUGCUUCCCAAAAACCCCUUCCUGCGUCUUGGCCAAGCCGCUUUUAGCGGUGGCCCUUUGCUCAGGGAUCUGUUGUGGACUAAGGGCCUAGAGAAGGGUAAUUACCCGCUAUAAGACUGUUCUCGGGUCUUGGACUGCAGAAUGACACAUCUUGCCAUUUCUCCCAACUUCUCCAUGUCUUACCGAGUUGACACGCCAGGUCCCUAAAGUCUACAGCGUUUCAGGGCAAAGGACUCAGAAGAUUCCUGGAUUGGAACUCAUUAAGACCAACAGCCAGGAUCCUGAUUCUGAGUCUUAGCUUUUGUUCCUCCCUCAGCUUUCUGGGAGGGAGAUAUGAAAUGGGACUGGGAAGUGUUUGGAUGGAGAAGGAUACCCACUGACAGACUACAGAAGCUUGGAGGAGCAGGGAAAGCAUAUUUGUUAAAAUUUAAGUCGAUAAAGAGGCACCAGGCCCUUCAGGUUCUGACACAGUAAGGCCAGGAUAACCAAGCUUCUCUGGAGUGCCUGUGCCCUUGAAUUUGGGAAUCUUGAGCCAGGCUGGGCCUGAAGUACUCACCUGAGUUCAGUUUUUCCUGUAAGAAUUUGUUUCCAUGAACGGUGGCAAUCAUAGUAAUCGUGUUUGCUCUUAAACAUAGGAAGGAAGCUGGCAAUCUGUGGAAGGAAUGAGAAAACUUGCCAGGUCUAAGAAACUGCAGAUCUGCAGGGCAGAAGUGUGUCAUUAAAUGUAAAAGCAAACUUAACAAGAUGCCAUGUAAAAAUCUGAAAACGGAAGGGCAGUUUGCAUGGCUAGGGGGAAGUGUUUUAACCCGAGAAACCCGGCUGCAAAUGAUUUUAGUGGGAAGCUGUUUCCAUGGAACCUUGAGGGGACCCUUGCCUUCUUACCCCCUUUCAAUCAUGCUGAAGGGAAUACUUUAACUCAUUUGUAUUAUUUUCACGAACAACUAUCUUAAACCCAGUUUCAACUCUCAAAUGAAACCCAUUUCUAGUGAACACGUUUAAGAAAGAUAAGGAAUAUAGUCUUAUAUGCAAAAUAGACUCGGGAUUAUUUUAGCCUUUAAGAUAAUGCUAAGAUUACCAGGUGAUUUUGUUUGAUUGCCUACAACUGAUAUAAAGUUAGUCUCAGAGGCAAUUGGGAGAUUUUUAUUUUAAAACCCUCCUUUUAAUGGAACAAUAAUUUAAACGAAAAUUAAAAAUAAAAUUUCCCACGAUACUGUCUUCCAGGUCCCCUGAAGAAUUGUUGCUUGGCAUUUGUCAAGGUCUUCUGGGCUGGUUCCCUAGUGCAGUUAUUUUCUGAUUAUUGGUGUAUUUUCAUUCCUCGAAGGCAGCACAGGUCUUGGAGUAUGUUUUAUGGCAGUCAAAUUUUGAGUUAUAGUGAUUAUUUCCAUUCAUUCUAUUAGUCUGUUCUAGUUAAUACUUAUUGUUUGAUGAACAGGAUGCCUGACUGAGAUUAAAAGUGACUUAAAAUAAUCUUGUUUCAUUUUUAUGUAUAUCAAAAAAUGCUUUAGCAAUUCCAAUGUGUUGGCUUUCUGACUUCUGAAUGUGAUAAAAUUUAAUAUCAGGUCACAUAUUGUGAGUUUUGACUAUGAAAAGCUGGGCAUGACAUGUACUUCAGAAUGUUUUAUUUAUUAUGAAUGCUUGGUUGAUCAGCUCUCCUCUGGCAGGUAAAGGAAUUUGCUUCAUUUUUUCCCUAUAUAGUUGAGGGUAACUAUAUUUUACUGUCAUUUUGUAGAACAUUAGUCUUUUGUUAUAAAUUUUUAUGUGAGACCAUGAAACUUAAAGUCCUGUGAUUAAAUUGUAGUUCCAGGCUCUGUUUUUGAGGUUUUUUGAAAGAGAAUAAAGGUUGUGUUUGUCUUUCUCUGUUA